UCCUGGUUAGUGUGUGCAACUACUAUUUUUCAAAUCAAAGUAGUGGUUCGCCCUUCUGCUUGAGUUAAUGGUAGAAUUAAUGGCAAUUUGAUGUUCUAAUUACUGUUGGAUAAAAAUGCAGAUACAAACUGUGAAAAUACCAUCCGAUCGGGAUCAUUCUUUCUUUUGAAAUAGUUGAGAAAAUAAAGAAUCUCGACUGCUUCUAUGGACGUUUCUCAGAAUGGAAGUGUUAGGAAUCUUGAUCAACUAUGUACUGUAGCUGAGAUUGAAGAAUAUGAUUUCUCCAAGUUAGCUGAGAAACCCAGGACUCUGAAUAUAGAGCGGCAGAGGUCCUUUGAUGAAAGGUCUCUCAGCGAAUUAUCCAUUGGAAUAUCUCCUAGAUUUUAUUACAGGAAUAUUGACAGUUCGUCUCGGAUAUUUGACCACUCUGACAAUGUAUUUUCUCCGGGUAGAAGGUCUUGUUUGAACACCCCUCGUUUCCAAAAUAACUUGGAACCUCACCCCAUGAUUGCAGAAGCAUGGGAGGCCUUGAGACGUUCUUUGGUCUACUUUCGGGGCCAACCUGUUGGGACUAUUGCUGCCUUGGACCAGUCUGACGAAGAACUUAACUAUGAUCAGGUGUUUGUAAGGGAUUUUUUCCCAAGUGCCCUGGCCUUUUUGAUGAAUGGAGAACCUCAAAUAGUCAAGAAUUUUAUAUUAAAAACUCUACGCCUCCAAUCAUGGGAGAAAAAAGUUGACCGCUUUAAGCUUGGAGAAGGAGUGAUGCCAGCAAGUUUUAAAGUACUACAUGAUCCUGUUCGGAACACUGAAACUUUAAUGGCAGAUUUUGGUGAGAGUGCAAUAGGAAGAGUUGCUCCAGUUGAUUCUGGGUUUUGGUGGAUUAUAUUGCUCCGUGCAUAUACAAAGUCAACAGGAGACUCUUCCUUGGCUGAAAUGCCCGAAUGCCAAAAGGGUAUGCGCCUUAUUCUGAGUUUAUGUUUAUCAGAGGGAUUUGAUACAUUUCCAACCUUGCUCUGUGCUGAUGGUUGCUGCAUGGUUGACCGUAGAAUGGGUGUUUAUGGUUAUCCUAUUGAAAUACAAGCACUUUUCUUCAUGGCUUUAAGAUGUGCUCUGCUUUUACUUAAGCAAGAUGUUGAGGGCAAGGAAUUCAUAGAUAGAAUAGUUAUACGCCUACACGCCUUGAGCUAUCACAUGCGUAGUUAUUUUUGGCUUGAUUUAAAGCAGCUUAAUGAUAUUUAUCGGUAUAAAACAGAGGAGUACUCUCACACUGCUCUCAAUAAGUUCAAUGUAAUGCCUGACUCUCUUCCAGAUUGGGUGUUUGAUUUUAUGCCAACAAAUGGUGGUUACUUUAUUGGAAAUGUCAGUCCUGCAAGAAUGGAUUUCCGUUGGUUUUGCUUGGGUAAUUUUAUUGCAAUUUUGUCCUCUCUUGCAACCCCUGAGCAAUCUGCAGCGAUUAUGGAUCUUAUUGAAUCAAGAUGGGAGGAAUUGGUUGGAGAAAUGCCAAUAAAAGUUUGUUACCCAACCCUAGAAAAUCAUGAAUGGAGGAUCGUGACUGGUUAUGACCCCAAAAACACCAGGUGGAGUUACCACAAUGGGGGAUCUUGGCCAGUGCUUCUAUGGCUCCUCACAGCUGCAUGCAUUAAAACUGGGCGCCCACAGAUGGCAAGACGUGCCAUGGAACUUGCUGAGAGCCGGUUAUUGAAAGACAAUUGGCCUGAAUAUUAUGAUGGAAAGCUUGGCAGGUACAUUGGCAAGCAAGCCCGUAAAUUCCAGACCUGGUCCAUUGCAGGUUACUUGGUAGCAAAGAUGAUGCUUGAAGACCCAUCUCACUUGGGUAUGAUUUCUCUUGAGGAAGAUAAACAGAUGAAACCCUUCAUUAAAAGAUCUGCUUCAUGGACUUGUUAAUUCUCUCUCUCUCUCUCUCUCUCUCUCUCUCU